GCUUAAUAGCCCUGUCAGAUCCUUGUGCUAAUUGGAUUGCUUAAGGGCCCUGCUGGGAGAGGUGGGGCCUGAGAGGGGCUGCCCUUACGUCUACCUCUGCAAGGUGGAAGUCAGAGCAAGGUGAGCAUGUGGAGAGGCUGGAGGUUCUGGCUGACAAGGGAGAGGAGGAGGAAAAGUCGAGGGUGGAUCGCACUUUGAGGGUUCCUGGUCAGAAGUUGCCUGGCCUGGACUAUUCUUUUUAUUUCUGUGGAGCUUCUGGAGACUAGAGAUCUAGUUUGAUCUAGAGAUCAAACCUAGGGCCUCUGUCACACAGCAGUCAUGAGCUCUGCCACUCAACACCCUUGCACAUCUUGGAGUUUUCUAGUGUUCAUGUUGGGGCCCUUCUCCAGGGAAUAGUCCUGAGACUUCAGAGCUGGGUUGUGUCUCCCAAGAUUCCCCUGGUUCCUCUGUGCCUCCCUUGCAGACGAAAAAUGCCACUCCCCUGGUUUUGAGAUUUCAGGGCUCCACACCUUGAGAACUUGAACAAGAGGGCCAACACUAACCUUCAUGAAUGGGUGAAUGAAUGGAUGGGAUGUGUAGAGGAGUGGAUACCCUUCUUAAACCCUUUGCAAGAAUGGGAAUCCCUGAUUCAUCCCCACAAACUUGCUUACACUGGAGGCUUCACACAGCUUUAAAACACCUGUCCUGCAAGGGUUUAGUUGAGGGUCUGAGACCUCUUCAUUGUUCAGGGUCACAGUGUGCAGCUGUUGUAACACUUGGGUUGAGCUUCCAGGCUGGGAUUUUCCAGGUUCAGAGAGGUGCGUGCCUCUCUGGUAUCAGGCCUUCUCUCAGUUUGCUUAAGUUCGACAGGUGUUGUCAACUCCUAUAGAGAGCAUUCUGUCCUGCUCUAGUCAGUCACCUAGACAGACAUUCCUGCUGCUCUGUUGUCUAAAGGAGACAGGACAUAAGAGGGGCAUCUCUGAGGCCUGGUGAAGAGCUGCCUCUACUACCCAGAUAAACCCAAACUCUUGUGAUGUGUGGCCUGCUGUACCUCUUUGCCAGCUUGCCUUCAGGAGCCUGGGGCCAAGGCUGGAGGAACAGAAUGCCUUCCCCUUCUGAAGUCUAAACUUUUAAGGGCAUUUGUGUGUGCCUGGAGGUCAGACAUUGAUGGCAAGUCUUUCCCAGUCAUUUUCCUAAUUUUUAAAACUGUCUUUGAGCCUGGAGCUCCCCAUUUUCCUAGACUCCUGGCCAGCAAGGCUCAGGAAUUCUUUUGUCUCCAUUUCCCCAGCAGUGGGGAACAGGUGUACUGCCUUAUCCAGCUUUUACAUGGGUUCUGGGGACUGAACUUCGGCUUUUGUGGCAGGCCUCUCCAGACUGAGCUAUCUCUCCAGUCCCUACCAGGACAUUUUAUGUGGUAUUUUACCUCUGCAGUAGGAGCCAACCCUUCCUGUAUUCUGGGCCCACCUGUGCUGUGGAUUUGUGUGCUCCCUUGGUUCAGGGGAACUUAACAGACAGUAAUCAAUAGCAGCAGCACAUGCCUGGAGCAUAAACUAGGCUUUUCUCAUGGCUCCCACAGUGCUUGGCUUUGAAAGCUGCCUUUAUUUUUCACAUCUCUUGCUUUUAACAUUAGGAGUCAACCAAACUUUUCCUCUAAAUAUUUGAAGCUUUAUGGGUCACAGUGCAAACCAAAAUUGUGAUUCAUAUAGGUGACUCAGAACAUUUGAAAUGUGACCAUUGGGGGGAGAUACCAUUGUGUCAGUGUCAGUAGGAAGAAUUUGGCCAGUCCAGCAAACCUUUUCCAGCCACCACAGGUUAGGCUCUGCAUCCUUGCCUCUCAUCCUGCCAACUCUUUUGGGCUUCAGUGUCCUUGGGGGUUGCCUUACUGCCUGAUAAGUAAGGCUUCCUGGCUUUCAGGAAAUAGAGGCUGUCUUCUUCUGACCACUGAAGGCAUUCUGCAGAGGUGAGAGUGACAGUGCCAUCUGACAUUUCCCAGUGUACUUGCAAGUUCUCCUUGUGGAGUUGUUCUCUGUUUCACUUUGGAGACAAGAUCUCAUGUAACCCAGGCUGGUUCAGGAUGUAUUAUGUACCUGAGGCUGGCCUGCAAUUUCUGGUCGUCCUGCCUCCACUUCUCAGGUGCUGGUAUUAACAGGGACCCAAACAUGGAGCUGCGGGAAGAAGCUUGGUCUCCGGGGCCGCUGGAUUCUGAGGACCAGCAGAUGGCCAGUCAUGAGAACCCAGAUUGUUGGGGCCACCUUUUGUCUCAAGUCUGCAGCUGGCUGUUGUUUGUGCCCAAUACCCUGUUCUGGUUCCAAGAAUACUGUGACCUGGUUCCUCCUCAUAUUGCAGUGGGCAUUCUCAUCAUGGAUGACGAUGACGUCCCCAGCUGGCCCCCGACCAAGCUAUCCCCACCCCAGUCUGCACCUCCUCCCGGGCCUCCACCCCGGCCGCGGCCGCCUGCACCCUACAUUUGCAACGAGUGCGGCAAGAGCUUCAGCCACUGGUCGAAGCUGACGCGGCACCAGCGCACGCACACAGGCGAGCGGCCCAACGCCUGUAGCGACUGCGGCAAGACCUUCUCGCAGAGCUCACACCUGGUGCAGCACAGGCGCAUCCACACGGGCGAGAAGCCUUAUGCCUGCUCUGAGUGCGGCAAGCGCUUUAGCUGGAGCUCCAACCUCAUGCAGCAUCAGCGCAUCCACACAGGCGAGAAGCCUUACACCUGCCCCGACUGCGGCCGCAGCUUCACACAGAGCAAGAGCCUGGCUAAGCACCGGCGCUCGCACAGCGGUCUCAAGCCCUUCGUGUGCCCGCGCUGUGGCCGCGGUUUCAGCCAGCCUAAGAGCCUGGCGCGCCACCUGCGAUUGCACCCAGAGCUGUCAGGGCCGGGUGUGGCAGCCAAAGUGCUGGCAGCGAGCGUGCGGCGCGCCAAGGCACCUGAGGAGGCAGCGGCUGCAGAUGGCGAGAUCGCCAUCCCAGUGGGCGACGGCGAGGGCAUCAUUGUGGUGGGCGCGCCAGGGGAUGGCGCUGCAGCGGCUGCAGCCCUGGCCGGGGUGGGGCCGCGGGCCGCGGGGCCGAGGUCGCGGCGGGCGCCGGCGCCCAAGCCGUAUGUGUGCAUGGAGUGCGGGAAGGGCUUUGGUCACUGGGCCGGGCUGUUGGCCCACCAGCGCGCUCAGCAUGGGGAUGGGUUGGGGGCAGUGGGUGGCGAGGAGCCUGCACACAUCUGCGUGGAGUGUGGUGAGGGCUUCGUGCAGGGAGCUGCGCUGCGGAGACACAAGAAGAUCCACGCAGUUGGGGCGCCUUCUGUCUGCAGCAGCUGCGGACAGAGUUUCUAUCGGGCAGGCGAGGAGGACGAUGGCGAGGACCAGUCGGCUGGUGGGCGGUGUGCCGAGUGUCGGGGUGGGGAGGCCCGGUAGGGAUGGGGACGCCCGGGGGGUGGGCAGGGCCCCUCGGGCUCAGUGGGGACUACCAGCAAGCAAGACCACGAGGCCCAGGGAGAGCCAGACCGAAAGGAGCAACGCCUUCGUCUCCCUCCUUCCUUGCCCCAUGCUGUCUCGGGUGUGAGAGGACCCGCAGCCAUCAGGGCAGGUUCUCAGGACUGCCCACAGCCUCUCUGCUGACCUGCCCUACCUCCCAGCGGACCAGCACUCUGUAGGUUCCCAGCCUGGGAGCCAGAGACAGUGUGUGAGAGAACUGUAGAUCAAUCAGCAGGAGACCCUCAAGGGAGAGGCCAACCCCCACUACAGGUGUGGGAUCACGGUGUCCUAAGGAAUGGAGGGAAUCCAGGCCUUGUGCAUCGAGAGGGUCUUCCUUCCCUUCUAGAAUUUUCUUUAAAUCAUACUUUUUUGACUGCUCCCAUCCGUUAAUUUUUCUGCCCCACGGGUCCUUGUGGAUUUUCUAGCCCAAGUCGUUCCUCUCCCUCCUGGAUUUACAGUAGCAGAGGAGUGAAAAAGUAGCCUCCUGCUCCCAGCACGGUCUCAUUGAGAGGACGGGGUCCUGUGUGUUCCCUGCCCUGGCAGUGGAAGAGGGAUGUGGGGGCAAUAAAUGGCACUAUUCAAUUGUCCCA